AUGUCUAACAAUAAAAACAAUGAAAAAAGAUCCAGGGCAACGAAUUUUAGUUUUCGAGAAAAAGAGUUGUUGUUAAAUAUUGCGCUUGAAAACCGACAUAUAUUGGAGAACAAACAAUUAAAUGCAGUAUCCUGGAAGGAUAAAAAUAAGUGUUGGCUGAUAAUUGCUGAAAAAUACAAUUCUACAACAACAGGCUGUCCAAGAGAUUCUACAAGUCUUCGUUUGAAGUAUGAAUCUGUAAAAAAACAAUUACGUGGAACUAAGAGCGAUUUGUUUAAAACAGGGGGUGGUCCUUAUAAAGAUCCUUAUACAGUUUCCAGUGAUUCGGAGAAAGCUCUAUAUGAAAUACUGCAACUGUCGAUAGAAGGACUACCUAGUAAAUAUGAUAGCGAUUUGACUGAAAACAUUGAUAGCUUUGAAUUAACUAAAUAUAAUCAAGGCCCCUUGAAACAAAAUUCAGUAAUUGAACAGGAGAUAAUAUUUGAUGGUCAUGAGUUUAUGGUUAAUGAAGAGGAUGAAUCUAUAUUACAUUGUAAAGUAUUGAACUUGGAGGAUACAUUGCAUGCAACAAAUGAAACACUAAUGGACAAUCCAAUAAAUAAUCAGCCUGGUACCUCUAGUAAAUAUGAAAACACUCAUUUAUGGACCCCAUUAGAGUCCACAAAACUAUUAAGAACAACCGAAAAACAUCAAAAAUUAGCAAGUAUGAGAUAA